AACAAUGACUUCAACACAAAAGGACCAACAUGGAGCGAGAAGUCAGCGCUCUCAGGAGGCCGACAAACCUCACAGAAGAAAGGGAGAGAAAACCUACAGCUGUGAUGAGUGUGGGAAGGAUUUUACCCAGUCUGGACACUUAAAACGUCACCAACUCAUCCACAGUGGAGUUAAACCUUACAGCUGUGACGAGUGUGGGAAGUGUUUUACCCUUGCUCACAACCUAAAAAGACACAAAGUCAUCCACAGUGGAGUUAAACCUUACAGCUGUCAUGAGUGUGGGAAGGAUUUUACCCAGGCUGGAUACUUAAAAAAUCACCAACUCAUCCACAGUGGAGUUAAGCCUUACAGCUGUGAUGAGUGUGGGAAGUCUUUUACCCUGGCUGGAAGCUUAAAAACACACCAACUCAUCCACAGUGGAGUUAAAGCAUUCAGCUGUGACUUGUGUGGAAAAUCUUUUACUGAGGUUGGAAGCUUAAAAAGACACCAACUCAUCCACAGUGGAGUUAAAUCGUAUAGCUGUGACUUGUGUGGAAAGUCUUUCACCCGGGCUGGAAGCUUAAAAAUACACCAACUCAUCCACAAUGGAGUUAAACCGCAUAGCUGUGACUUGUGUGGAAAGUCUUUUACCGAGGCUGGAUCCUUAAACAAACACCAACUCAUCCACAGUGGAUUUAAACCUUACAGCUGUGAUGACUGUGGGAAGGAUUUUACCCAGGCUGGACACUUAAAAACACACCAACUCAUCCACAGUGGAGUUAAAGCACACAGCUGUGACUUGUGUGGAAAGUCUUUUACCCAGGCUGGAGAAUUAAAAAGACACCAACUCUUCCACAGUGGAUUUAAACCUUACAGCUGUGACUUGUGUGGAAAGUCUUUUACCGAGGCUGGAAAC